AUGAAAGAUUUAAAUGCUUAUGAUAAAUCACGCGUAUUAAAAGAGGUUAAUACCUUACUUACCGUACAAUCGGAAUAUGUGGUGAAAUAUUAUAACUCAUGGAACUACAAAAAUUAUAUAUACAUACAAAUGGAGUUAUGUACACACAAUCUAACAAGAAUACUUAAAAACAAAUCUGUAGAUUUUGACCGAAAAUUAGGAGAUCCCAUGAAUUUAAGUGAAUACUUGAUUUCAUGCGAAAUAUUUCGACAAAUUUUAGAAUGCGUUCAGUAUUUGCAUGAAUUGAAUCCACAGAUCAUUCACAGAGACCUCAAACCCGACAAUAUAUUGAUCAAUUAUACGGUAGGAAACGGUCGGUUUGUUAAGUUAUGCGACUUUGGUUUGGCUACAGUUCACGACAAACGGGUCAACUAUCGUACGUCACAUAAACACACAGCAGAUGUAGGCGACGUACGAUAUAUAGCACCAGAAAUAUAUCAGGGUAAAAAGUAUGGUCAUAAAUCUGAUAUCUACAACUUGGCACUUAUUGGCGAUUCGCUAAUACAGGCGCAGUCCGCCCCUGAUAUAAAAGCAUUUAGCCAUCCUGUAGAUGGCUCAUACAGUGUGCCCAGAAUGGCGUCGGCACCUGUUAUAGACUUUGUAGGCCAUUCUGCUUCGACAUCAAAUCAACCACAAUUAAUUCAGUUAAGUGCGGCUAUAACCCAAAAAACGGACUCUAUAAUUCGUAAACCCUUUUCACUGCCGCCACCUUCACCAAUAGCAUCGCGAAGCUAUAGAUCGUUACCAAGAUAUAAACAAAUAUCAAUAUAUGGACAACGGAUCCGAGAGUUUAUCAAUGGAUCCAACUUUGUGUUGGCUAUCAAUGAGGACAACCAUGUGUUCAGUUGGGGACACAAUUCCGAGGGACAGUUGGGUCGAAAACACUCCCUGGCCCUCACCACCGAUGGACAGGUGUACGGGUGGGGCAGUAAUAAUUACGGACAGGUAGGCUGCGGAAUUAAUUUGUUUGAAAAUCAUUACCAAAACCUCUUCGAGGAGUUAUCGACCAUAGGAUCGGGAGGUUUCGGAACUGUAUUCAAAGUAAAGCAUAAAUUCGAUGAACACAUAUAUGCCAUCAAAAGGGUCGAGAUCAAAGAAUCUACUGAUGAAUAUAUGAAACAAAUUAUGAGUGAAGUAAAGAAUUUAGGAAAAGUUCGAUCAGAAUAUUGUGUUCUUUAUUAUAACUCAUGGCCCGAAAGCAAACACCUCUACAUUCAGAUGGAGUUUUGUUUACAGAAUUUAAGGAAUAUUCUUGAAGUGAAAGCACAAGUAUUUGGUCGACAAUUAGGAAAAGCCAUGGAUUGUGUCGAGUAUUUCAUUUCGUGUGAAAUAUUGCGACAAAUUUUAGAAAGUGUUCAGUAUUUACAUGAUUUAAAUCCACAGAUAAUCCACAGAGACCUCAAACCAGAGAACAUAUUAAUGGUUGAAAAUGUGAGGAACGGUAGAUUUGUUAUGUUAUGUGACUUUGGAUUGGCUACAGUUCACGACAAAAAUAUAAAUUAUAUGACUCGUGAUAAGCACUCAACAGGUUUGGGCACUAUAAAGUACCAAUCACCCGAAAUAUCCCAAGGUAUUAAAUAUGGACAUAAAGUGGAUAUUUACAGUUUAGCAAUAAUUGGUGCUGAAUUGUUUGAAUUGGAUCUGUUUUUUACUGACCCUGAUAGUUCGGAAAGCGUUUACUCCGGGAAUGAAAUAUUAAAACCAAAAUCUUAUAGUUAG